UUUGAGCGCAUAUAAUUGAGUGUGGCAUAUAGUAAAAAGGAAGAAGGCGAAGGCGAAGGCGCAGAGAAAAUUCUUGAUAACGCAGCAGAGAAACAAAAAGGAAUCACUCUCAGCUAAGCCAUAACAGGAAUGGCUCCAAAGCGCAACAUCAGCAUCCAAAACAUGAUACCCAACCCUCUCUUGGAGGCGCAGGCCAUUAUGGGCCUCGCCACCAACAAGAACCUUCGGAGGCUCCCUCACGUCUUCACCACCGUCCUCGAGCUCCCCUUCCGCGCCGAUGCUCACGUCUCCGUCCAUGAGUCCCCUCACUGCUUCCGCUUCACGGCCGAGACGGACGCCGUCGGCCACGUCCAAGCCCACUCCGUCCAAAUCCAUCCCGGACUCACCAAGCUCGUCGUUAGGGAAAGCGCCUCUCUUCACUUUGCCCUCCACGAGUUCGACCUCGACGUCUGGAGGAUCCGCCUCCCGGACUCCACACGCCCGGAGCUCGCCACCGCCGUCUUAAACGCCGGCGAGCUGGUCGUGACGGUGCCCAAGAAAGGGCAAGCGUGGGAAGAUAACGAUGAGAAUAGUGGCAUGGACGCUGCUGCUACACUCUUGCUUGUACAGUGAUUUAUUUAUUUUGAGUAAUAUUAUGUACACACCUAAAAUUCUAUAAUAAUUUAUAUAAUA